AUGGUGCUGGGCGGUGGCGGCUACACCAUUAAAAACAUCAGUCAAUACUGGAGGUACGAGACUGCUAUUCUCGUUGGCACAGAAAUGCCGGACAAACUGCCUGCUAUCAUCUAUGAUCCUUUAUUCCGCGACCGUAGAGUGGAAAACCCGAACACUCCAGCGUCACUACAUAAAAAUUACUGGAACAAGCUGAGGUAUCUGCAGGGCGUUCCCAGCGUCGCCAUGCAAGAGAUACCAUCAGAUCUGGAAGGCUUGCUUGCUGGCAAACAUAAGAAUCAAGAGAAAGACGAGGAACGGGAGACUGGGUUUGUAGGGAGCGGCAGCGAUAGGUGCAUCUCCGGGCACGAAUGUUCCGACAACGACGUAGACGAAGACGACUGUGCGACACCGUCAGGCACGAAGCGAAACUCAAUUUCAUCUAGCGUUCGCAAGCCUCGAGUAAAACGCACUCGUGGUCAAGCCAGGGGUGAGGCAAGUGGGGCCGAUGAGAGGGAAGAUAGCGAAAUAGAUGAAUCAUCACUGGGAAGACGAGUAGAAUAA